GAAUGAUUAAUUACUUGGAGAAAAACUAGUUGUUGGUUUCUACUUGGUUGGUUCUGAACUUCUGAUGGCUCUGGCAUGGGGUGCUGCCGCUGCUCCAUUGUUUUCUCUCCCUAAAAAUCCGAAACCGAGUUUGAGAUUUGGUACAUUCCGAUGCUCAACGAAGCCCGACAACAACGGCAACAACAAAAUAGCGCUCAGGACUUGCAAGAAUUGCAAAACCCAGUUCGAUCCAUCUCUCAAUCACCUCAGGGCUUGUCGAUUUCACACCGCUCAUUUUGGAGAUGUCCUAAACAUCUUGAAUUUAAAUACUCCUAUAGGAGAAACAAAGAGGAAGUUUGAGAGUGUGUACACGGGGGGCACCAUGAGUAGUCCCAACUCUGGCAAAGUUGUUCAAUACUGGCAUUGCUGUGGGUCUGAAGAUCCCUUCGACCCUGGAUGUACCGCUGCUCCUCACUCCUCCUAUGAUGACUGAGACCGAUCCUUUCUAAUAUGCAGCUGAUUCUCGAUUUCAUGUUGUAAAGAUUACACAACUAUCACAUCUUAAAUGACCACUGUCUUUUUACUUCUUUUUUUUUUUUUUUAAUUAAUUAAUUACCUCUUUGUUGAAA